UUCCUCCUCCUAUGACAUUAAUAUAAAAUGUCAAUCCUAAUGGUUUGGGUACACAAACAUAUUUAAUAAAAAAUGCCGAACUAAUAAAGCAUUCGCUUUCCUAGAGACAAAAUUUCGAUUCGUUUAAAUAUUCAUCUAGAUACCCAAUUGUCCCCUAAAGCUGAUAAGUGAUAAUACUGAUAAUUGAUAAGUGAUAACGUGUCUGAACUGCCGGUAAUGUCAAUUUCUGGAUGAGUGCAUCACUUGCCAAGAGUUGUAAAUUUGAUUUUGCCCUUUUUACUACUUGAAAAAGUAGAAAAUAACCUGUGAUAUUAAGUGAUGAUUAACGUUUGUGGGAAUUUAUUUCACAAAAUUGUACCAUCUUAGGAGGCGAUAAUGAAUAUCGAGGCCCGAAACUUCCUCACCGGCUUUCAUAACGUGCCGGGGGCCACUGUUAAAGAAAAACAAACGAAUUUUUUCCAAUUUUUGCAUCGAAAUAUCUCGCUUAAAAACCAGCAAAGAACGCUUGAUUGCAUCAGUAAUAAUUUGCAAGCGGUGUCGCAUUUAGAGCGAAUUUUUCGCACCGAUUUUCUCAUCUAUUUUCGCCGUUUCUCCGAAUUAUUUCAAGAUUUUAAAACGGGGGAUGAAAUCACACUUUGUAAGCUUGCACGCGAAGAUUGGUUUUUCCUGCAGGCGUUUAAGGACGUGGGGACACACGAGUUGAUAAAUGAAGUGUUGCCCUCAGUGUCGUACUCUGUCAAAGUCCGGAUUUUGAAAAAACUGCCGGUUGGAGAGAGUGCAGCUGAUGCGAUUUUUGACGCGCUUUGUGACCGCUAUGGCGUUUUUUUCGCGACGGUUUUACUCGCGAAAUGUUCGAAAAAUAAGAUUUCGGAAACGUUGCAACAAUAUCCCAUUAAGUUAACAACGAAUCAAUUGAAAUUAAUUUACGAGAAAGACCCGAACUUGUUCGUUGUUUAUUUCGACGAAAGGGUGCGACAUUUGGGUGACCACACUUUCAUGAACGGUGACCCGAUUUUGGUCUUUCUCGCCCAAAACAACCCUCAAUUAUUUUCGAAAUUGUUCGUCAAGUAUAAAUUUCAAGUUCGGCUCGGGCGUCGGACCACCAAAAACUACAUAAAGUCGCAAAAAAGCCAGGUUUUGGCCGAACCAAAAUCAUUCUUAAACGUGCUAAAUUCGAGCCAAAUCAUCCGAAAGUUGGGGCCUGAAAUUCGGUGCAUUCUCUUCGAAAAGGGGGAAAAGUCGCAAUUUUAUUGGUCGUCCCAUUUGAAAUAUUUUCCGAAAAAACACCAGUUUGAGAUUUUCCGAUCGGUUUACGACUCAAUUUAUUACAAAAAGUUUGGUAGUGACAUUAACGCGAUCACGCCAGAAAUUUUGCGUUUGAUAACCGACCCGAAAGAACGGGAACAAUGCGCGAAAUUGUUGCACGAAAGAUCGGGCAAUUUGGACUACAUUCAGUACUUUAGUUCGAAAUUUUUCCUCGAGUAUUUCUUGGAAAAAAUCGACUUUUUGAACAGGGACGAAAGGUCCCGAUUGGUGAAAUUGGGCGUUUGUUGUUGCACGAUUAACAACGAUCUUAACACGUUCUUGAGAAUUUGCGAACUGCUUUGCAAUCGAUUAAAAAACGACGAUAACUCGGUCGUAUCUUUUUUGUACUCUCUUUGUGACAAUCCGCAACUGGUUGAUAAAUUCACGAAAAUUCACUGGAAAUUCGUUUAUGAAAUUCUCGCAAUUGAGAAAGCCAACCGUAACUCGAUGUACGCCAUAACUUUCAUUUGGGAAAAAUACGUCAUUUUUUUGGUCGAAAAUGGGUUAGAUUUAAAGCCGAUAUUGAUCGAUUGGGAUACGCUUUUUUAUUCGUACAAUAUUCAAAACAAUGCGAAAGUGUUUCGAGCGGUCGUGUGUGAAUUAAUCGAGUCUGGAGAUCCGUACGAUUACGAACUUUGCGAUUGCCAAAUCGCUGCGUUUUGCAAAUUGUACAAUGAUCGAAACGAGCCGAAAAUCGAAGUAUGGACACAUGCCAGAGUGUUAAAUUCGGUCAAAAGUCGUCUAGAAAAUGAGACAAUCACGUAUUGGGACAAUUGGGUCACACAAGGCAUUUCAUACGUCGUAUGCCAGAAAAAUAGUCCGAAGGAAUUGAAAAAUUUGUAUUUUAAAAGAUUAGGAUGUGCUUCGACUAUGGACGGCUUGAAUUGGUUUUUACGGCACGAGCCGGAGACAAUUGAGCAAAAUAUAGAUUCGUUUUUGGAACGUAUUCAUUUGAUUUCGAACUGUUCUAAUAAUUUUUGGCGCCACGUGAAAAAACUAUCGUUUCUUAACAUUGCCAACCGUGUCAUUGAUUUCUGUCAGGAAAAGUUGCGCCAAAAUGAAUUUAACCAUUCAGACGUGCGUGAUCUAGUCUUGGCUUUAGCCCUUGUGGCUCCAUCCGAGGUUUAUAUCAAUUACCUCAAAACUUUCAUACCAAAUGAAUUUAAAGUCGAUUUAACAAAUAACGAAGUUAGAAAUUUGUACUCGGUCCAGUGCACACUUGUGCGCUACGCUCAUCUUUCAGUCCGUCCCGAGACUCUCUUCCCUGUUGCUUUACAAUUUUGCAAAGGCGAUUAUUUGCGUCGAGGCCUAGGCUCGGUUUAUAGUUGCGUGUAUAAUACACCGGAACUUGAAGCGAAAAAAUUUUUGGCCGAAAUUAACCAAGUCAAAGCUGUUUCGGUGAAAAAGCAUGCUUUGCAUUUGAUUUGUGUCGUUUGCGACGUCAGUACAACUCUUGAAUUUCUCAAAACGGCGCCUGAUUCACACAUGAUUGUUUUGAAAUAUUUCGCGAAAAGUCCCAACUCACUUUUGUGGAAUUUAAUCGAAAAACUAGUUGGCCAGACUGAGGAAAAGAGUUUGAAUGUGUUUAAGUGGAUGUUGAAUGUUACAACUCCCCGAAAUUACAGGUGCAAGUUUUUCGAAAUUAUUUGGGACGUUUUGGAUAAGUUUAACAGUACAGAAAUCAAGCGGAUUUUAAUUAAAAAAAUCGAUAAAGAUUGUCUCGCGGAACUUAACCACGACAUUACGGCAAAAAUAGUAAAAGAAACCCUUUUUAAAUUUGAACAAGGCCACGACUAUAUUGCCAAAAUACUUAUGAACACCAACGCGAAAUUUGAAUUUUUCGGAGAGAUUUUAUCAGAUUUGAAAAAAACCAGUUCGCUGCAGUCGCGUCGCCAAUUACCAAGUUUCAUACAAAUUCUAUUUAAAAAUUACGUCAAGUCGGAGAAAAACAAUGAUAAAUUCGUUGCGCAAAUAUCGGCAGUUUUCCAGUCGGUUUUUUCGCUUUCGGAGGCUUUCAUGGAGAAUAUUUUAAUUUCGUGUAUGCGUCUCAAAGGUCAGAGGGUUGAAAAUUGCGCAAAAAUGAUCCAAGAAUUGAAUAAAACCGUUGCGGACGCGUACGGAAGUGUCGGUGUGAAUUUUUUGGGGGAAGUACUCAAAAGUAGGGUCAUGUCAUUGUUGUUUCCAAAUGAUCGAGUGAAAUUGUGUUACUGUUUAAUGCAAAUUCAAGACUGUGUCAGUGAUUAUGUUUUGAUUAUUAAGUUGUUACCGAACAAAGAACCGAAACGAAAAGAUGAUUUUUUGUUGUAUGAGGAAAUUACGAAAGAGUUGAGUCGCGUGUCCGAUAGUAAAGUUCAAUUGUUACUUAAUUUAUUGUACGCGGGACAAUAAAAUUGAUAAUCGUGUUGGCAUUUAUUGGGAAUUAGAAUUAAGAAGCAGUUGUUUAAAAUAUAAAUGUAUUUUUGAAGAAAUAUUACAUAAAGAACCAAG